AUCUCCUCUCCUAGUACUCAUACUAGUCAUAGAGAAAAUAGAAAUAAAUCGAACAUGGUCUCGCUUUUCGAAAAUUAUGAACAACAAUAUUCGGUCCUUACCGCGGACAUAACUGCUCAAGUAGGGCAGUUAACAUCCUCAACUACCAAAGAUCGUCGCCAGCUCAUCUCAAAUAUUGAGAAACAUGUGGAAGAAGCUCAGGAAUUGUUGGAACAAAUGGAACUGGAGACAAGGGAAGUUGAUCCCUCUCGAAAACCAAGGUGUAGAACAAGGCUAGACUGCUAUAGGGCAGAACUAAAAAGGUUAACUGUGGACUACAUAAAAGCUAGAUCAGCAAGACAAGGUGCUUUAUAUGACAGUGCUGAGGAGUUGAGUGAUGUUCGGAUAUCCUUGGAUCAAAAACAAAGACUGCUAGAUAAUUCUGAGAGGUUAGAAAGAACAGGUAAUAAGCUAGAAGAAGGUUACAGAGUUGUAGUAGAGACCCAGGAAAUUGGUACUCAAGUACUGAAGAAUUUGGGAGAACAAAGAGAAACAAUGCAGAGAUCCAGAACAAGGUUAAGGGAAGCAGAUGAUGAACUCAACAGAUCUGGGAGGAUCCUAAACUCAAUGGUGAUGAGAACCCUCCAGCAAAAAAUCGUAUUAUAUAUAGUGUGUGCCUGUUUUUUGAUAGCCAUAUGCCUAGGCUUGUAUUUAGGAUUUAAGAAAAAGUGAAAAACACACAGAUAAAGUAUUGUUACAAUGCAUUCAAUGAGUGGGAAAAUUUGUAUUGAUUGUUUAUUAAUAGUGACCAGAAUUGCAAGACACAU